AUAUGAAUUGUUACUUCUGUAACAGAUUCUGAUAGCGAACACGGUGGCAAUAAUAAAGAUAACAGUAUAUAAAUAUGACUCUUCUUAAAUUUUGUUUGGCAAAACUAGGUGCGCAUAUGCAACUAAACGUCUAGGGAUAAAUAUACGAGCUUCUGUUGGCAUCUGGUUGAGUGAAAUCGACAGCCUUCUCAUUACUCCAUAACCUUCAAGAAGGAAUAUUGAACUUCUGCUAAAAGUGGUAGAUGUUCUGAAGUGAUGCGAGAUAGUGUUACAGUAGUGAUGGUUUUCGAAAGAGAAUGUGACGAAUCUAAAACAUUGCCGGUGCCUUCAGGAAAUGUUCGUUCUUGUCUGGAUGUUAACUUUGCUUCAGUUUAGCGAUGUAGCUGGAGGAUACCUAGAAAUAGUGGAAGUGAACGCCUGCAGCCGUUGCAGGAUUAUGUUGACGUGCAGACAACUGGAUGCGAUUAUAGCGAUUCUGGAAUCCGAUUACCCGUCGAGAGCUGGAGAAUUAGGAGCCAAGGAGGAAGAGGUGACCGUAUCGGCACCGUUCCCUUUUCAGCACCCCAGGGAUAGUCUCAAUCAUAGGUGA